ACAAGUAUCUCAGUCUAUAUAAAUGGACCUUACAGGUUUUCAUUCAACAGAUUUAUCUUAAUAUUUUGAAACAAUCAUGCAAGCCGUCUUUGUGUUGUUAUUCUGCCACUUGGUUCAUUUUGUAUUUGGAUGUACACCUUUUAUAGAACAUGAUCAGUCGCGUUUCUGUAGGAAUGAUCACGCAUUUAGUGGAAUUGUGCGAUUUUCCAGAGUAACGGAAUCCGAGGCUGUCUUUCAAAUUCAAGUAAUUAGAAAUAUCAAGGGCGGGGUUACUUUCCCUAAUGGUCUUAUAACGGUUUAUGGAAGAGGAGAACUACAUUCCUGUGGAGCUACAAGACUGAAUCAGGACCAAAGAUACAUCUUAUAUGGCAAGUCUUGUACACUGUACUCCUAG